AAGAAACCUAAAUCGAAACCCUAUAUACCUCCUCCUCCUCCAAACCCAUCACCACCACCUGAACCAGAAAUUGAAGUAAUACCCACAACCAUGUCACCACAUCACUCCCACAAGCAAACCCCUUUCCUCUUUCCUCAAUCCCAAUCCACAGUCCUCCCUGACCCUUCUCCUUUCUUCUCCCAAAACCUCCUCAAAACCCCACUCCCCACAAACUCCUUCUUCCAAAACUUGACCCUCAAAAACGGAGACCAACCCGAAUACUUCCACCCUUACCUCAUCAAAUCCGCCUCCUCUGCUCUCUCCAUCUCUUACCCAUCUCGAUUCUCCAACUCUGCUUUCUUGUACCAAGUCUUCAACGCUGACCUCACCAUCUCCAACACCCAAAACCCACAAGAAAGACACGUCAUUUCUUCCUUCAAUGAUCUCAGCAUCACUCUGGAGUUUCCCUCAUCCAAUCUCAGAUUCUUUCUUGUCCGGGGAAGCCCAUUUCUCACUUGCUCUGUUUCGAACAGAACUUCCAUUUCAAUCUCAACCAUCCACGCUGUUCUGUCUUUCUCUUCUAACGAGUCUCGUACCAAGUACACUAUCAAACUCAACAACAAUCAGACAUGGCUUGUAUACACUUCCUCUUCCAUUGAUCUCACCAAUCCCAGUGUUUCUUUGAUCACCUCAACUGGGUUUUCCGGCAUUGUGAGGAUUGCAGUACUUCCAGAAUCAAACCCGCAAUUCGAGUCGGUUCUUGAUCGGUUCAGCUCCUGCUACCCUGUUUCCGGUGAAGCUCUGUUUACGAAGCCGUUUGCGUUGGAGUAUAAAUGGGAGAAGAAAGGAUGGGGAGACUUGCUUAUGUUAGCUCACCCUCUGCAUUUGGAGCUUAUUGAUGGUGAAGAUUGUGAUGUCACUGUUUUGGAGGAUUUCAAGUUCAAAAGCAUUGAUGGUGAUCUUGUUGGUGUUGUGGGGCAUUCAUGGGUGUUGAAGCCUGAACCUGUUUCGAUUACUUGGCAUUCGAGUAAAGGUAUCAAACAAGACUCUUGUUCUGAGAUUAUAUCUGCACUUACUAAAGAUGUUGAGGCUUUAAAUUCUGCACCAAUUGCGACUACUUCUUCGUAUUUUUAUGGGAAGUUGAUUGCUAGAGCUGCUAGGUUGGCUUUGAUUGCUGAGGAGGUGGGUUAUCUUGAUGUGAUUUCAGCAGUUAAGAAGUAUUUGAGUGAUACAAUUGAGCCUUGGCUGGAUGGGACUUUUGGUGGGAAUGGUUUCUUGUAUGAUAGUAAAUGGGGUGGCAUUGUGACUAAACAAGGAUCAGUGGAUUCGGGAGCAGAUUUCGGGUUUGGGAUUUACAAUGAUCAUCAUUAUCAUUUAGGGUACUUUAUAUAUGCUAUUGCAGUGCUUGCUAAGAUUGAUCCAGCAUGGGGGAGGAAGUAUAGGGCUCAGGCUUAUUCAAUUGCUGCGGAUUUUAUGAACUUAGGCAGGAGGGGAAACUCGAAUUAUCCACGUUUGAGAUGCUUUGAUUUGUUUAAGUUGCAUUCGUGGGCAGGAGGGUUGACUGAAUUUGGAGAUGGUAGGAAUCAAGAGAGCACAAGUGAGGCUGUGAAUGCUUACUACUCAGCUGCAUUGUUGGGGUUAGCCUAUGGAGACACCCAUCUUGUCGCCACUGGUUCGAUGCUUGCAGCAUUGGAAAUAAAGGCAGCUCAAAUGUGGUGGCAAGUGAAAGAGGGAGAUACCAUUUAUGAGCAAGAUUUCACUAGGGAAAAUAGGGUAGUGGGAGUGCUAUGGGCUAAUAAGAGGGACAGUGGACUAUGGUUUGCUCCUCCAGAGUGGAAAGAGUGCCGGCUUGGAAUCCAACUGCUACCCAUUUUACCAAUCUCUGAGUGGACAGAACCAGCUCUGAGUAGAGAGGGUGUUGGAGAAGGAUGGAAAGGGUUUGUCUAUACUUUGCAAGGGAUGUAUGACAAAGAAGGAGCUUUGGCGAAGAUUAGGAACUUGACUGGUUAUGAUGAUGGGAACUCGCUCACUAAUCUGUUAUGGUGGAUCCAUAGCAGAGGUGACGAAGGAGAUGGUUAUGGAACUGGAGAGAACGUAUGUUGGUUUAAGCACUAUCACUGAGUUUGGUAACUGGUUGCGUUAUGAUUUGGGUGGAGUUGAAUAAGAAAUGAUAUGAGUGUAGUAUGUGAUUGUGAGUUCUUCUUUGUUAAUACGUUAGUAUGUUGUUAUUUUCUGAUACAAGAAUCAUCUUGUGAUUUGCUGGGUUGCUGCAAUAUAUAUAUUGAUCACUUUCAUACUUUUG